AUGAGAUCCCUGGUCUCGGUGUCCGCGGCCGCGCUGAUCCUGGCCGCCGUCCUCGCCACGGCGCCGCGGCUGGCGGGGGGCAAGGGCGAGUGCGGCGCCACCCCGCCGGAGCAGGAGGCCCUGAAGCUGGCGCCGUGCAUAGCGGCGGGGAAGGACCUGGACUCCAAGCCUUCGGACCGCUGCUGCGCGGCGGUGAAGGAGAUCGGGGAGAGGAGCCCCGAGUGCCUCUGCGCGGUGCUGCUCUCCAACAUCGUGCGCCGGGUCGGGGUCAAGCCGGAGGUGGCCAUCACCAUCCCCAAGCGCUGCGACCUCGCCGACCGCCCCGUCGGCUACAAGUGCGGCAACUACACCAUGCCCAGCCUGCAGCUGAAGGACUGA